AUGAAUGAUUGGGCUCCUCCUCUCAUAGCUGCAGCACUCUUUUGGCUAUUAUCACCAGGAAUGAUCUUUCAGCUUCCAGGAAAGAAUGCACCCUUUGAGUUUCUGAACAUGAAGACAACAAUCGCAUCAAUUUUCGUACACGCAGUUAUUUAUGGUUUGCUUCUUAUGUUGUUCUUUGUUGUUCUUAAUGUUCAUCUUUAUAUCACUUGA